GUGAAGCUUUAUCCUCAGAAAGUCACAAAUGUAGUGAGGGCGAGUUCCAGUGCCAGUCCGGGUCAUGUCUACCCACCAGUUGGAGGUGUGACGCGGUUGAAGACUGUUCUGAUGGUUCGGACGAACAGGGCUGUUCACAAGGAGGGAGAAGAUCAGCCUCCAUUGUUUCCGAGUUAAACAGACGAUUAUCUGAUGGUAGAAGGGAGGCAACAACGCCGAUGUCAGCUGACUGCCAGGACGACUUUAAUGAUGAGAUAUGUGUCUACCUCGAGUCGCAAUGCUACAAUCCCGAUAUCAUCGUCAAAUGUAGACGGACAUGUGGAUACUGUGACAGAGACAUUCCUGUUGCAACAACAACACAACCAUUUACAUACAAUCCUGGAACUGUACAGCAUGUCACAGUGACGCCAUCAGUGUAUCGUCAACGGCUUCCAGUGGACCAGUGGUACCAACCAACGGACGAACAUUUGCUCCAUCUAGUGCCCCUUGUAGUGGUACGUGUUGUGACGAAAUGUCGGCCGAGUUUUGUAUGUUCGCCAAUCAGUGUGACAGCUACAGUGUCGCCCUCAAGUGUAAACUGACGUGUGGACUGUGUACACCAGACGGCGCUGUAACAAAUAAACCGGAAGUAACCACUGACACAGAUCAAGGGCAGAUAACUAGCACCAAUAUGAUGAGAAAACGACAAGCAUCCACAACAGCGUCGCCGGUGACACAAGACUGUUUUGACGAAUUUAACGAUGAGAUCUGUGAAUAUCUUCAAACCCAAUGCUACAAUCCUGAUAUCAUCAUGAAAUGUAGGAAGAGGUGUGGGUACUGUGACAAAGACAUUCCUGUCGUUACAACGCAAAAACCAUUUACAUACAGUCCUGGCACCGUGCCACAUGUCACGGUAACACCAGGGGGCACCAUUGCUACAACUAAUGGAUUGACAUUGGCGCCAUCUAGUGCCCCUUGUAGUGGUACAUGUUGUGACGAGAUGUCGGCCGAGUUUUGUGUGUUCGCCAAUCAGUGUGACAGCUACAGUGUCGCCCUCAAGUGUAAACUGACGUGUGGACUUUGUACACCAGACGGCGCUGUAACAACUAAACCGGAAGUAACCACUGACACAGAUCAAGGGCAGAUAACUAGUACACAAAACAUGUCUGUGUCAAUGAAUCCGGAAACAACUUAUAUUCCAUCUACGUCAUCACUUCAUCCUUCAUCCGUAACAGCCUACUUACAAUCAGAAAUGACGUCAGAAGUGUGCCAAGACGAUGACGAAGACAGUUGCAUAAAUUUACUACUACAAUGUAACGAUCCAAGUAUUGCACAACGGUGCCGAAAGACAUGUAUGAUUUGCUCCAUAGAUGCGAUAACAGUGACAUCCGGUGAUGGGAUAGAGAGAAUCGACAAAAGACUCUUGAUGCAGUCUGGACAAGGAUCUUGUAGUGAUGCGGCCGAUUCAAGCUUUUGUCAGUUCAUGUCGUGUUCAUCGUACGCGGUCAAAAUGAAAUGUCUUAACACAUGCAAUGCGUGCGAUCUGGCAACGGUUAAGACAUCAACUAUCGCACACAGCGUGAAUCCUGUAAAUUCUAGAAGUACGGUCCCUAUCAAAACUAAUGUCCCUACCAAAACUAAUGUCCCUACCAAAACUAAUGUCCCUACCAAACCUAAUGUCCCUACCAAAGAUACUCUCCCAACCCUCACUACUCUCCCUUCCAAAACUACUAUCCCUACCCCAACCUCAGCACAACAAACCGUCAUCCCUUGUGUAGAUGCGAUAUCAGCAGAGUUUUGUGCCUUGGUUACAAGUCAGUGUUAUGCCAAUGCUGUUGCCGUGAACUGUCGACAGACUUGUAACGCGUGUCAUCUACAGCCUCCAUCCGCUAAUCCCAGUACAGUAACAAACACACCGCGGACAUCUACAACCGGAAGUGGUAUCACAGGCGGAGGUGGUGUAACAACCGGAAGUGGUGUUACAACCGGAAGUAGCAGUGCAUCAACCGUAGUUCCAUCUUCUCUGACCUGUAACAAGAUGGCGGACGCCCAGACUGUAAUCGCUGACCCCAUCCAUAGAGUGUGUUACUAUCACUUUACCCAGGGGGAGAAGGUGACGGACGCCAAGGCCAGGUGUGGCAGGGCCAAUCUUCAUCUGGUUCAUCUGGAAACAGAGGAGGAGGAACUCUUCCUCAACGGAAAGCUACAAGCCGCCGGACACGCUGACCAGUUCUGGCUUGGUCUGGAGAAGAUCAAUGGUCAGUGGGUUUGGGUGGACGGUUCCCGCCAUACGCCCGUGACGUCAGAGACACACUGGGAGGGGUCAGACAGAGGGACAUACGCCUAUAAUACUCCCCCAGAUCACUGGAAACCUGCCUCCGACAGCAUGUACUACAAGGCUGUGUGUGAGGACAACCAACCCUAGUGUACGAGUGACGCUAAACUAUGACGUCAUCAGUUACACUAACGGGCCAAAAGUAUUCGGUCACGUAAUAUUUUUACUAUGCAUUUUAUGCAUUUUGACAAAUUUUCAACAAAUUUUUAUGACUUCGUUUUUCAAUGUAUUUUCUUGAUAUUCCAUAUACUAGUAGACAAUUAAUAGCUCAUUCACCUGAUGUUUUUACAUACUUUUCCUAAAAUAGAUAGAUAUAAGCACGUAAUUGCCCGAAAUGUGACGUCACUUUGUUCUUUAUUAUUACUUAAUCAUUUCAUUGCUAAUUUUUAAGAGCUUAAACAUGCAAUAUCUCUUGAAAUCAGCUACAGAAAUUUACGCAAAUAUUAUCAGAGGAAUGAGCAAAUGAUUCUUUACAGGUAUGUUAAAUUUCAAUAAAUUCCGUUGAUAAACGAAGUGAUAGAAAUUAAUUAUUUGUCAAAAUACAUGAAACAUAUAGUCAAGAUAUUGCGUGACCGAAUACUUUUGGCACGUGACUAUACAUACGUCAGCUGUAUAAUGUGACGUCAUCAUUGACCGCCGGGGAGGACAGGUCACCGUUUGUCGUUUACUAAAACAUCUGUUUGUGACAAUACAUAUUUGAAAAUAGUAUUUAAAAUGUUAAAACAAAUGUCAUUUCAUCUGUGAAUAAAAUAAUUUAAAACCACU